UGUUUGUCCUGUAGAUUUCAUUUACUUCAAGACAAAUCAUACACUGUAAUGGAGUUUAAAGUCUCGUCAACACAACGCUUUGGUCAGUUUGGGACUAACAUAGGGUUCUUUUUUCUGUAGUCACGUGUACAGUGCCUGAGAGUCGAAUUUUGUCCGGGCAUUGGCGUCGCCGCCGAACUUUAUGGAAGUCUUAAUGUCAUGGGGUCAACGUGUACAUUAGUGGACCUCAGUGUCUCUUUCUUCGCAACCGAAAGACUAGGCAAAGCUUUAUGCGUUGGAAAUAUGAUCGCUUAAAUUAUCGUCAAACUAACCUGUUUCUCAGUUUGAACGUAAAUAUUUGACGAAGCCUCUUUCAGUGUCAUAGGGAUUACAAAAUGUGUUGUGUUAAGGAACUACAAAAUGUGUUGUCGAGUUUGAUCAAUCAGCUUUAAAUUAAAUGGUCGGAUACGCCAUUACACUACAGUCAUACCUUUUUCUAAUGUGAGGACCAAGGUUAGAAGUAGGUAAGAAUGGAUUACAGUAUAGAGAAGUACCGCAACUUUUAAACUGAGACAUUCUAACUAGAUUCGUAUACGGCAAGCUCGCUAUAUAUAAGUAUUUUUUAAAUCCUUAUAAUAUUGUCAUUGAUUAUAAUCUUUGAUCGAAUUCUUCGAUACGAAUACACGACUCUUUAAAUACAAAACGCAUAUUUGUAUAAUGUGCUUUGUGUAUUUUCGUGAAUGACAUAAAAAAUGUCUUUGUGGGUGUCCACACCUUAUUAAAAAAAAGCCUCGCUUGAAACAACUUUGUACAAUUGUUUUCAUCAAAUAACAAAAUUGAAUACAAUUGUAUAUUAGUAGAACGCGUUGGUCGCAUACUAUAGUAUAUGUCUUAACUACCUUUGUCAUGGUUAGUAAUAGUAUUGGAUUGAAUAACAUGGGCAAUACCCUAUUGAAACGCGUUUAAUUUUAGACAGUUUAUUGUUAUUAUAGUAGUGCAAAGUUAUCGAGAAAUAUUAAUUGUAUUUCUUGCCUAGUUACUGGUGAAAAUGUGUUCUGUGUUUAAUUAAGAACCUUGAGGAUGCCUCUGCACGUGAAAUAUAGACAUAGCACGGGAUGGACUGGAUUACCAGAAAUUCAUACUCUACCAAAAAGGCCACCGACCCCUGAUAUUCUUCGACCCAAAAACGUCCUUAUACCUACAUCAUUAGAAAAUGCCCGGAGAAGGGCGAUGAUUCUUAUUCAUUCGACUGAGAAAGAUGUACAAUGUUUUAAAGAAAAACAUUUCAGGAAUGCUAGAAAUACGUUCGGAAUUGAAACAGAUGAUUUGAUCAGAUAUGUUCACGAAAAAACGGGCAAGCAAGCGCGAGCUAAGGAUUAUAAGGAAUUCGAUCAGUUUUUAAGUCGCUGUCGAACCACGGCUUCACUUGUUCAGAAAGACGAACUAGAGAAAAUGGAUGUCAUCCUUAAAAGAACUUCUACCUUUGACGUAUUAGUUCAAAAAUCGAAGGAAAAACUAGAAGAGGCUUUAAAUGAUUACGUUGAUAAAUAUUGCUUAAGUUUUGCUUCUGAAGCUCAAAAUCGUGAGAUUAAAUGUGUUCACGAAUACGAAAACAAUAUUGUAGAGUGGCGUCGAAUCGCUAAAGAUACUUUGGCCGAGUUGGAAGACAUUCUUCGGGAGUAUGCUAUCUAUUGUGGUGACAGCUUCGAGAACUUUAAAAGACAGUAUGAUAAUAUAUUACACUGCAUGCGAAGUGCUUUGAAAAUGUUUCCCAGAAUUGCUAACGCUUUAAAGAACUGGAUUACCGCUGAUGAAGCUUAUCCAAGAAAACUCCAUGAUCAAGCGAACGCGUUAAUGGUUGAAAAACUGAACAAAAUAAAAGAAGUGCGGGAACAGCAACUUAGAGCAGGACAUGUUCAACAUCAAUUGAAGCACACAGAUUAUAGCACAACGAAAAUAACCAAAAGACUUAACCAGACUAUUGAAAAUAAGAGAUAUUUCAGAAAAAAAGAAGUGUCUCUUUCGGAGAAGCAGCAAAAACUGGAACUGACCGUUGCAAAGAAACAGAAAGAAAUGGAAACGUUGUACGAGGAACAUUAUUUUGAACAAGCAGACUCGCCAUCGGCUUCGAACAACAUACUUUUUAAAAUAUCUAUAGUUCAAGAUGAAAUUAUUAAAUUACAGAAAACCUUAGAAAACACCAAAAAGAACUUAAAAAAUACAAAAAUUGAGAGAAAAACCAUCGAAAAAGAUGUCCAUAGGUUACAGAAGUUGUGCGACAACAGCAUCAAAUCUGAGAAAUACAUUUCUAAAGAAGUAAUAGUCAAAGAAGAAAAGCUUAAAUCAAAUCAUCACGAAAACAGAGAGCUGAGGAAGAAAAUCGAGUGCUUGAAAAAGAUUCGUUCUAUAAAAUUACAUCCCGAUACCCUGAAGAAGAUAUUUGCUGAAAGUUAUUCUCCGGGCAAGAAAUUUGAAAUAACAGAUGGUUUUGGUGAUGCAUGUAAGAUAGCUGCUGCACACAUUGGAUAUAAAUGGCCGUUACUGUACCUUGAAUUACCAUUUCAACCAGCUAGAGAUUCUAAUAUCAGGAAUCAAGACAUAGAAGCAUUUGACAUUGCUGGACAAAAACGAGAUCUCAGCACAAUGGACGUAGCUCUCAGAAGCUUAGCCAAAUGGAAGCGUCUUAACAGUAAAGCUACAGUGUAUAUGCUUGUGUCGUCAUUGAGGAUUAUUGGGGCUGGAAAAAUCGCUAAUAGAAUUGAAAAACAAAGAUUGUCAACGAAAUAAGGAUUAACUGCUAUCAAUAAACAUAUGUUUAGUGUCUAUACUCUAUCGAUGUCUUUAAUCACAUGGAUCAAACGAAGGUCGGUAGAUAAGGAAUAGAAUUUAAUGAUGUGGCGGGAAAUGAUAUCGUCUGCGCACUGUUCAAUAUUCUAUUGGGCGGAAAUUUGUGAUGGUGAAUGGUAUUCCUUAAGACCGUGUAAAUAUUCGAUAUUUCUGCAAUAAACUGGAAAUUGCAGAAUGAUAAAAAAAAAUACUAAGGACUGGGUCUGCUAAGAGAGUUGCAGCGACACAAUAAUGUUUCAGUGACACAAUAGUCUUCCGGUGACACAACAGUCUUCCAGAUAAUAACACAAUCCUAUUGUACAAUACCAUAUUCAGUGAAGCAUGAUAGCUACAAAUUCGUUGGGAAUUUCUGCAAUUUAUCGAGGAAUUCCGAUUGAAUUCAACCCAUGUGGAGAUCUUAUAAAGGCAUUCAGUUUUCUUAUGUUGGAUUUAUUUUAAAGUUUCUUUUAAAAGUUAAAUUAAUAUUUCCUUAUUUACAUUUUUAGACAUGAUGAAGUUUGCAUAUUGUCAGGAACUCUGUUUACACUAUUAACAUACAUUUGCUAUUUUCAUUGCGCGGUAAGUUUCUAACAUUGGGGCAAUAUCAAGAAUCCAUGCAUAUUUGAGAACCCUGCGUUUCGAAUCAUCUUAUCAAUUUUAAUCUGAACGAAGUUCCAGCUGCCGUGUGUUUAUCUGGUUCAUGUACGCCUGCGUGAUAAGUGCCAGUUGUGAUGUAUUUUCUGGUGACAAUCCUCGGACCCGUAAUUCUAGAUGAUCUAAAACUGAAAGAUAGAAAUAAACGCUACAAAUUUUA